CUUCGCUCUUUGCAAAACGGAAGGGAAGUGGUGAUGCUUUGUUAUAAACUACUCACGCAAUGAGUGGAUCUUCUUUACCAUAUUUCAGCAUAGGAUUUAAGUGGACCGCCUUAGCAACAGAGAGACGGACAUAACCUUUCCGAUGGUAAUCUAGCUCGUUAAAGUUACAACAGAAAGUCUGGGUGUUGUGACAGUAACUUCAUAAGAAUUAUCUUGGUCGUUUAGCUCAAAAGUUGGACUACACCGGAGAAGUAACGUUAGAACUUUCAAUCAGUUUGCUAUAUGCAGGUGGUGAUUCUGUAACUGCAGCAUGCAGCCGAGCGGGGCACACAAAGGAGGUUGUAGCAAAAGUAAGAUGGUUGAUUCUCUGAAGCUGUAUCUGAACAAGAAGAACAGACUGCAACCCAUCAUUGGCCUGGGCAGCAUUAUAGAAUGUGUGAAAGCAGGUGCACACAACAGAGAAGUAUUGUACCUGUGUGAAGUGUGUGUGUGUCGACUAAGUAAAGCUGACAUAUUUAACCACAUUACGGGAGGUCUCCACAGAUACAACUAUAUUAAAGCCUGGCACCCCCACUUUGUGUCUGAAUGGAAGGAGAAUGCCGAUCUGUCUAACCUGGCUAGGCCACUGAUGGACAUAGCCAAGUCACUUGAGGGAGUGGAGGGGCAUGGAGAGCUCCAGUUGUUAGAGGUUCGAGAGGCUGUAUACCAGAAGAUGGCAACACACAGUGGGAGUGACGCAUUAACUUUGAUACAUUCCUUAAGAGAUGACAGGAGGCAAAGUGAACCCAAGGAGACUACAGCUCUGCAUCUGGAGCACCAGGCCAUCCAGUCAGACAGGAUUGUAUUGCUUCCCAAGAACCAACUGAAAUGGUCCAAGAAAUCCCUCAAGUCUCGUGUGCUAUCUCAUAAGACCCUGGCAGAGAUAAACAAGCCUCCGCCUCAGUUACGGUCAACUGUUAUAAUUCCUAAUAAGUCGGAGGAUAGGUUAAAAAAUCUCUCUACAUUGCAGUUAAACACUACUCAGAUUUCUCCCGAACCCUCUGUGCCAUCAGGGAACAGCAAAAGCUUUCUUGAUGGCUACACAGGAGCGAAGCCUCUUAUUGGUCUUUUCCGCGUGGUUGAGUGUAGAAGUGAAAAUGGCCAAACAUAUUGUUUCUUAUGCCACUGCUGCCGCAUCAGAUCCAACAAAAUGGACAUCAUUGGUCACCUAACCAGCUCUUCCCAUCUUGUCAACUACUUGAUGGAAGCUCACCCUGAGCAGGUGGAGUCAGUGACAGAUGCUACAAAUGACUGUGAAUUUCUCCAAUCACUGGCCAAGAAAGUGGAGAAAGAGGAGGGAAGAGGCGAGCUGAAGGUGGUAAAUGCACCAGAAUCCCUCUGUAUCCUGCUCACUGGCAAAAGUUACCACUGGUGUAUAAAGAUGCUCUGUAAUGAAUGGACACAUACUGACAUCCAAAACAGGGAAAUAGCUGUCGAAGAGCCAAGCGUGAACAAGACCUCAGUUCAAGGCAUGGUGGAGAAAUAUGGUGCAGGGUUGUCAAAACGGACACAAAAGAUGAAAAAGAAGAAAGUGGCUAAUACUGUGUUCAAGGUAAGCCUGCCUCUUACCAAAGGUCCAUUGCUGAUGAGGAGGACAUCGUUCAUCAACAAGGGCCCCCCUGUGUCCCCUGUAUAUGCGCCUUCAUCCGACCUAGAUCUCAUUCUCUCAGCUAAGACCACUACAGAGGACUAUGACUUGGACUGUGAUGCUGAAUCAUUUACAGUUGGCCAUACUGAGCAUUGUACAAUUUCACAACUUCAGCAAGACCUCUACAGUGAAGAUUCAGGUGCUCGACAUGUGGGAUCAAAAAGGAACCUUUUAGUCACUCUGAAUCAAGAGGUCGAUGGUUAUUUCUGUGACAGUAAAUGCCAGUUUGAGGACAUAACUGGGACAAAAGACCAAGUGAUUUAUGGGGAAGGUAAUUAUAACAGGCUGCGUGAUUUUCAAGAAAUGCCAAAUAGUAGCUUUAAUAUAGAGUUGACAAAUCGAGGCCUACAGACACCACAUGAGGGGUGGUCACCUGCUGUGCCCCACACUCGGGACUGGUCAUCAUAUUACUCUUCCUAUGGAUUUAACAAGGGUCAUGCUGAGGACCCUCAUGGUUCAGCACCACAAAGUAGAGUUGGCACAGGAGUCGAUGAGAGACGGAAGGAGAUGAGAUCAGAUGCUACUCAACAACAGUCCCACAGUCAGUAUGUGGUAGGCAGUGUGGGGCAUCAUGGCUUAUCUGGUGAACUGGUGCCAGAUUUUGAUGCUGCUAGGAGCAACAUGCAUCCUGACAUAAGAGAUUCUCUUAGUCACAGUGGCAACGCUGCUCUAGAUCCUAGAGUACAGUUUGAGACCGAACAGAGGCGAUUGCAAGCAUACAUGGAGUUCAGAAUUGGUCAUGUCCAGACAGCUCCACAAAGAUAUAUGCCACAACCUACCUAUCAAGCCGUCCAGGUAGACUAUGGAGUGAUGUCUGAUCCCAACUACAAUGCUGCAUCCCAGACAACCCAACUCUUUCCUUAUCCAGUCUGUAGUGCUAGGGGUAUGUCCCAGUCAAAUGCUUUUAUGCCUCCUGGGCAAAGUGCAUAUCAUGGAGCCCACUCUGAUUAUAAUUUCAGAGCCACUGAUUUGUCAGGUUGGAUGAGUUCAGGAAGUGGUGGAGCAGCUCCAUCUAUGAUUGCAUAUCCCGAUUUUAACUCUGCAUAUUUUGCAGCACCUUACACACACACAACAUUUUGACAUCAUUUCAACAGCAGCUUAGAUGGCAACAGGUUUUGGACCAUUAAGCUGAAGUCGGCAUAGAUGUAUUUUUGACUUGCUUGAAAAUAUGUGUUAAUGGCUUAAAGAAGCUUUUUUUUUUUUUUUUUUGCUUUAUUUAGAGUUGCAUUUGUGAUGAAGCCAUGUGUCUUUUCUAUUUGAGAAUAGAAAAGUGAUGAAGCCAUGCAAGCAGAAUUGAAGAUAACAGCAUUUAAAGUGAAAAAUAAGAUGCAAUUUAUUCAAGCUUGUGGAUGCAUCUAAACCAAGUGAGGGUGAGAAAUGCAAUAUGAAGCUGCAAAUUUUGUGUAGCAUCUGUUUGUUUUUUAGUGUUUUAUAAAUGGUGUAAACCCCAGUUUAUUGUUAAAUUACUAACAGUUUCUGUUUAUGGACCACUAUGCCUCUGUGACUGCAUUUAUGUAUCAGCUGUGCCUCAACUCCAAGAACAAUUUAUGUUAAAUGAGUGACAUGUUUCAUAAAAUAAUUUUUCAGAUGUAUUAAAUUGUAGUCACGUAAUUAUUUGAAUGUUAUACCAGUUUUUCUCUGCAUCACUGAAGAUGACAUUUAUUUUGAAUGCACAAUAUGUAAUUGAACAAUAUGAACACCUCUUGACCCUUUGACCAAACCUGGCUUUGUAUGGUAUACCAGCAAAGUUGUGUAGUUCUCCUCUGAUGCAUCAUAAGCGAGAAGACCAUACUUGAAGAUUUUGACAUACCAUGACCAGUGUAAUAGUAUUUAAACUGUCAUUCAGUCCAGGGUUAACUUGUAAGCCUUAAUCAUUAACAUGAAUCCAGUAAAAGUGUUACACUCUUGGGGUUGUAUUAGAUUGCUAGAGGCAAGAUUUGUAAAUGAUAAGGUUUCAGUACAUCACCCUUUAACUAUGUAGAGCUACAAAACACAAUGUUUAUUGUAUGUUGAAGUUAGCAUCUGCUGCUGCUGUAACAACACGAUGUCCAUUGUUAUGAUGCACAAUAAAGGAGUUCUGCAUA